UACAAUUUUCUUUCAUUCACAUCCCUGUAAUCUCUCUUCCUCAUCACAUCACCCAUGUAUGCUAAUUUCCUCCACAACUACCCAACUCUAACGCCAACACUUUCUUCAAUCCAUGCCUUCACACCUAAGAAUCACUUCACUCCAAAUCUAAGAACAGAGCCCCUUUUCUUGCAUCUUCAACCAAAAAAAUCAAGAGUCAUUAUCAAUUGUGCAGCAAAUAGUGAUGGUGUUAAGGGUGCAGUGAACUGGGCAGAAAUUCUUGAUAAAUGGUCACCAAAAAAGUUUCUUGGAGCUGAUAAACUAUUUAGAGCUAUAUCUGGAGCAACUUCUAGCCCCAUUGCACAGUACAUACCUGCUCCAUUCACUUUUGUGCACUCUGUUGAUCCAAGAAUCAAAUUGGCAUGGCUCUUUACUCUGGUUAUUUUACCGGCAAAAUCAAAUGUAGUCAUACGUUUGUCAUUGGUUGCGUACUUAGCUAUACUAUCUAUUUUGGUCCAGCCUUCACAAGUGUGGAAGGAUCAACUCGGGAGAGUCACACUGCUGUCCGGGAUCUUAUUUAUAAUGUUGGGCCUAAGCACUGAUAGUGCACCUUCCCUCAUCUCUUCAAGAGCUCCCCCACCUUCAAUGAUGGGAUUACCAUCUUUUCCUGCAUCUUUGGAAGGUUAUAAAUAUGUAAUCUUGAAGCUGGGGCCAUUACAACUCACCAGAAAAGGCUUAUCAACCGCUACUACAUCAGCAUGUUUAACCUUCACUAUCUUCCAAAGUGCAAGUGUAUUCCUAUCAACCACAACACCGGAGCAGAUAGCUUUUGCCUUGCGGUGGUUUAUAUCCCCUUUGGCCAACCUUGGUGUCCCUGUUGCUGAAGUUAUCCUUACUCUCCUGCUCUCCUUGAGAUUUAUCAAUCUUGUGUUUGAUGAGGUCCGAAAUGUUGCUCUUGGUAUUGUAUCUCGUAGGAUUAAUUGGCAGCAGAUGACAAUGUUGGAGACGAUAGAUGUUUUCUUCACAUAUAUUCGUCGGAUAUUCAGAAAUAUUUUUGUUCAUGCAGAGCAGAUAUCUCAGGCAAUGAUUGUUAGAGGUUUUCGAGGGGACAGCACCACUCACAAAAUAUUCUUGUCUGCAGACUCAUCUAGUGGAGUUGCAAAUUAUAUUUCCAUAUCAUGCCUUUUUGGUCUAAUAGCCUUAGUCACUUUGCCUAAGUACCUUAUACAAUAAAAACAUGUCUAAUCAUCUGAAAAAGAUCCAUCGCUUGACCUUCAACUAUCUUAACCUCCAAAACAGCGAUUAACACUUCUCUUCAAACUUCUUUCUCUUCUUCUUCCUCCACAUUUGUACUCUUUUUCUAGAAAAAAGUUGGAUUCUUUCCUAGCAGAUGUCCAUGAAGAAGAAGUCAAAUCAAUUUCCUUUAUCAAUUGGAAGUUGCUGACCAAUAACUAUCCUAAUCUCAAAAGUGGGCUGGUUGCUCUCUCCCUCUAUCUGUGGUGAGCAUUGAAGUCGUUAUUGACGUGACAGCUGCAUGAAAUGGCUAUGGAAGUGUUUGGACCUGGUUUCCCAUUACGUAAAGGUGAUCGAAACUUACAUUUUCUGGAUGAACAAGUUACUUCUCCUGGAAUCUCAAUGUGAUGUUCCGGAUUAUCUCUGUAUCAGGAGAUGGGAUUUUUAAACAAGUUCAGCUCAAGAGAAGCUAACUGGUGAUCACAAACUUACAAACAAUAUUAGUCCUUAAAGAAAAUCAUCAGAUCCUUGUGUAAUCCGUGGUAACUGCAAUCAUUCUAGCUCUCGCCACAAAGAUUUGGGUAUUGCAAAAUUAUGAGCUUCUGGCUGGGAUGACAAAACUUUCGAGUGUUGUUAAAAACUGCAAUGUGAUUUUUUUAUUUAUUUUUAAUGUUAAGGCACCAUUGAAGUGUUGUCUGUAUACAGUAUAAUCUAUACCUGAAAUGCAGGGAACUUUUGGUGCCUGAAAAAAGGAAAAUAACCAGAUUGGUAUUCUUCUUUGCCUAAUGAAUACAAAAAAGAUUCAAAUUUGAUUGAA